AUGCCUCUCUUUGACCAUGCCCAGGACAUAGUCAUCAAUGGCGGCAACUUCAACGACUUCUCAACCAAUGGAUUGGAUCCUCUUGUGUUUCUCGAGCAAUGUAGUGCUCCAGGAGCCAUGCACGACUCUAUGGAGCGAUUCCCUCCGCCACGGUGCCAUGCGGAGACCAGAAAGCGGGCGCUGGGAAUCAUAGAGCAUUGGGGGACUUUGCCUAGGGUCGACAGGGAGAAACGCUUCUUCUGGCUCCAUGCGCCAGUGGGCAUGGGCAAAACGACCAUCGCGCAGACUAUUGCUGAAGAAUUUGAGGCAAAGAACAUUCUUGGCGCCUCGUUCUUCUUCUCGCGGACGGACGCCAACAGGAAUAGAGCCGAGCGCUUUGUUGCUUCGCUAGCUCUCCAACUCGCUAUUUCCAUCCCCACACUCAAGCCCCACGUCGGGGCGGCUUUGCGAGCCAAUCCGGCCAUUCUCCGCAAGGCACUACCCAUCCAGUUGCAAAAAUUAAUCAUCGAGCCGUUCAGGAAGAUCCCGCCUCUUGAAGACGAUAAAGUGGUUGCCAUCGACGGUCUGGACGAAUGCGAGGGGACGCGGCCGGACGCACAGGAUAAGGAGAAGGAGCAACUCUUGAUCCUCCAUCUCAUCGAAACCAUGCUUGAUGCCGACCUUCCACUAAAUUUCUUCCUCGCGUCUCGUCCUGAGGCUUGGAUUCAAGAAGCUCUCGAGGAGUCGCCAUCUCUCUCCGAUACCACACAGCGACUGGACCUGUUCGAAGACUCCGAGAAGGGUGCAGACGUUGAACGCUACUUCCGCGAUCAUCUCGAGCGUAUACGACAUAGCAAGCGGCAUCGCCUAUGCUUCUCCAAGCUCACCGAACCAUGGCCGCCUGAAGAUAUCGUUCAGGACAUCAUCGGCAUCGCAAGCGGGCAAUUCGCCUACGUCGAUGUCAUCAUCCGCUGCCUCGACGACCCUUACAGCAACCCGGUCGUCCAACUGAAAGCCAUUAUCAGAAGAACUAGCCACCGUGAUAGUCAUCACCCCAUGCAACAGCUGGAUGAUUUGUAUCGGCAGAUUUUGGGAGCCACACCUAAUCGCGACGAAAUGAUGAAAGCGCUCGCAUGGAUAGUUUUCAACCCUCGUCCCCAAACCACCAGCCACCUCUUAUUCCGCGCCUAUGACACAAUCAUGGGAAGUGAGCCAGGAGACAUGGCCCGCGCCCUCCGUGGCCUUCAUGCCCUGGUCCGAGUACCAAACGAUGAUGUGAAAGACGCAUGGUCUGGGGACAUGAUAUUCCACCGCUCUCUGGUCGAGUUCCUUAGGACACCAGUCCGAGCUAAGACCGAGUUCUUUCUGGACAAUUAUUGGCCAUUCCUUGCACGCUAUCGAUGCUUGGUCUACCUGUCGGAGAACCCCGUCCCAUCGCCCAGCACAUUAUCAGAACGCAAAGACAUCUAUGCUUACGCCAAAGAAUUCCGUCCAUCCGAAGGUUGGUGCUACAUAUACUACGGAGUAUGGGUAAAGCCAGAUUUCAGCCACAUGGUUCUACGCUUUGCUCGUCUCUUCCUUGCUUAUGAUCCAGGACCAGAUAUUCUGGGAUUCCGUCAUUGGUCGACUUACUACCAUGCAUCCGAUGUGGAGGAGAAGAUGGUGGAAAGUUACCACCACUUCUCAGCUGAACCUUCACUCCUGCGCGAGUGCUUUAUUCAUUGGCGUACAACCUAUCAUCGUCAACUGGACGUCACGGAGUGCGGGCUGGGUUCACAGGAUCGCCUUUUCCUGUACCGCGUAUUCGAUGCUCUCCAUUCAGUGGGCGCUAACCACGAUGCGCCUCAACAAUUGGAAUUCAAGUACCGUCAACCAGAUUAUGUUCCUGAGCUCAGGCUACAAUCUGACGACCGGGAGAUACAUGGAUUCCUGUCAAUAAACGGUCUGUCGAUGCAUCCUCGCACCUCCCUCGCACACGAAAUGCCGAUAUCCUUGGUAUCCCUUGUUUAUACCACUCUUCCUAUCGAUUUCUACCACCUCGUCCGUGCAGUGCAGCCCAGGGCCAAUGGAUUGUUGGAAUGUGCACCCAGGGUGAUCAAUACAAUGUGGACUGACCUGCUGCGACUCAAGGAGCCGCACCAAGGGAGUCGAAGUCAAAGGUUGACUGUGCCCAGGCGUAUGUUCUCGAUGCUGCAUCUCAUUCGCUCCCCGGACAAGAUUGACUUGCUUAAGGCUCCAUGUGAGGCAGCCAGGUUGUGGGACACCGGUAAAUGCAAGUUCCACCCAGUCGAGCAUAUGGUCCGCAGAGAAAUCAUUCGGUGUGCGCUUGACAUGAAUAUGCCCAUGGCUCUCGCCAUAUCGACUUGGUGGAAAGCUGCGAUUACGACAGCAACGUUCUUGGACUCGACUGAAAGGGAACACUAUGAGCUCUUACUCAGAGAGGCAAACUCGUUUAUUAGCCGGUUAGAUUGA